UUUGGUUUCCAUUCAGUUCAAAACAAUGGCUUCCAAAGCUACUGCCUCCCUCGCUUUCCUCCUCGCUCUCAAUCUCAUCUCCUUCUCCCUCGUCUCGGCCUGCGGUGACUGCUACCCUAACCCCACACCUUCCCCUGAGGAUGGAAAAUGCCCUAAAGACACUCUUAAACUAGGAGUUUGUGCCAAAUUGCUGGGCGGUCUCGUUGAUGCAACCAUCGGCAAGCCACCGGUGACUCCAUGCUGCAGUCUGAUCAAUGGCCUAGUUGAUCUUGAAGCUGCCGUGUGUCUUUGCACUGCCCUUAAAGCCAAUGUGUUAGGAAAGGACCUCAACAUCCCCAUCUCCCUCAGCUUGCUUCUCAAUGCCUGCCGCAAGAAAGUUCCCAAUGGAUUCCAGUGCUAAUUUACCAUCUUUGUUGCUUCAAUAAUUAUUCAAUAUUGGUUAAUGUUUUGAAAUAAUUACAAUUGUAGCUCGCUUCUUUGUUUUUCUUCAUGU